UUUUUUUUUGGAAUUUCGAUCGAUGUAUACUCAGGACAGGAUAUAUCAGAUCACCCAAGUUUAGAGAUUGGGACCGUUGAAGACAAACAACCGACACUUGGGUCGAGAAGAUCGCCGGCUUCUGAAGCUUCAGUAAGAAUUUCAAUACAUUGAAAAGCUUGUCAUCCACUUGUCGAGUGCUAGCUAUUGCGACAGUCGCUGCCUCGGCCACUUCGGAUCGACACCCUCCGUUGGCCUUUUGAAAGACCUCCUGAUCUCGGUCGGAACCACCGAGUAUUGGACCUCAUUGCUGUCGACAUCGCCUGUCAUGCUGAUUAUGCUGCUGGCUAGGACUGUUUUAAUUUGACAUCAGCAAUUGGGAGGAGAUAUCUCAAGUGUUCAAACCUGUGUUCGCGCCACCGGGUCAACAUAAAUAGUCCCCAUUGUAGCUUUUUCAACGGUAUACUCUGCCUAUCAAUUGCAACCGACUAUCAAACAAUAGCAAUGUCAAUCUUCCGGCCCGGUCGGCUGAGGACUGUCCUCUCAGCAACGGCUGCAUUAAUUCUCAUUUGUACUUUUUAUUUUUAUUGGACUCCGCCUCCUGUUUCGACGGUUCCUAGCACUGCCUUUGAGGUCCCUCUCACAGAACGUCAGAUUGCUUUUUGGAAAGUGUUCAGGUCAAUUUUAGAUGCACACGCUCCGAAUUGCCCUUCUCCCACGCUCCGCGAUCGUGUGAGUGCGGUUCAUUUCAAUGCUACAACUGUUGAUCCGCGUCCUGACUUCAUUCUUCUUGGGGAGAGUGAGGUCAGAGCGAUGGAAGAAGCACAUGCAAAUUAUCUCGAUGCUAUCAGGGCCGCAAGGAAAUUGCGUCCUGUUCAUUCUCCUGGGACACGGGGUCUAGUCACGACCGCCGGGGGUUCCUAUCUUCCCGUAUUUCUGUCGUCCUUGCGGAUGCUGCGCCGUACGGGGUCAACCUUACCCGUGGAAGUGUAUAUGAAGGAUGCAGGCGAAUAUGAGAAAGGUAUCUGCCAGGAUGUCCUCCCGGACAUGGGUGCACGGUGCCUGAUACUGUCUGAUGUUGUAGGAAAGGACGUCAUCCAACAUUACCAACUAAAGGUCUUUGCGGUCCUCUUUUCCUCCUUCGAGGAAGUUGUUUGGAUGGAUGCCGAUUGCUUUCCAUUGGACAAGCCCGAAAUAUUGCUCAACCAUGAGCCGUUCAUAUCCACUGGCUUGGUAACCUGGCCCGAUUUCUGGGCGUCCUCGGUUUCUCCAGCGUAUUACAACAUCUCUCGGCAACUGAUACCAUCGAUGACAGAGAGGCAAUCAUCGGAGACCGGCGUCUUCCUUGUAUCGAAGAAGACCCAUUAUGUCACAAUGCUCCUUGCUGCGUAUUAUAACUACUAUGGACCGUCGCAUUACUUCCGCCUAUUGUCUCAAGGUGCACCUGGCGAGGGUGACAAAGAAACGUUCCUGCAAGCUGCCACAGCCGUGGGUGAACCUUACUAUGCAGUUAGUGAGAGAGUUCAAGCGCUCGGUCAUCACAGACCCGAUGGCUUUUCUGGCUCGGCUAUGGCACAAUCGGAUCCAAUCGGAGACCACGCGUUGACAAGUGAAGGCAAAUGGCGAGUUCAGGAUCCUUCGGUGGACAAGCCUCCUCGUGUAUUCUUCGUUCAUGCCAAUUAUCCCAAGUUCAACCCUGCUGAGGAUGUCUUCGGGGCGAACUGGGAAACCGCACCCACCCUUCGACCGGAUGGAACGGAGGGGCGCGCAUGGACUGCUCCAGAAGACGUCCUGCGCCGUUUUGGACUUGACAUCGAGAAGGCCUAUUGGGAGGAGAUCAAAUGGGUCAGCUGCAAUCCUGAUAUUAAAUUCAAGACGUGGGAAGGCAAAGUGGGUAUAUGCGAGAAAGUUGAGAGCUAUUGGAAUACCGCCUUUGCGGAACCGCACGAGGACGACCCUAAAUUUGUUGAAGAAGGCUAGGUUGGCCCCAUUGAAUGGUCCCUCGCUCCAAGUCAACUUUGGUACAAUCCGCAGCCACUUGCUGUAGUAUUCAGCUUAAUGAUCCGUGCCACGGACGCUGACAUAAAACCCCAACCCCCCAUGGCUGCACCGUGGCUAUAAACAGAGAGAAGUACCUGAGAUUCCAGGUAGAGAGCACGCUGAUUACGAGACAACGACCUAGCCAAUGGCAAGACGUAUAUAUAGAUCCCAUCCCAUACCAUUCUUAAUGUUGCAUACUGGCAAAGGAUAUAGAAACAAA